GCCAUGCCAUUGAAGCUGGCUGGUUCCUGCUCCGCCACGCCCGGCACCAGCGUGACCCGGCCCUUGUCUCCCAAGUGGUGGAGAAGUUCAUGAAACAGCCGUUCCGUUCGGGCUGGGAUCCUGAGCAUGGGGGUCUGUUUGCUUUCCAAGAUGUUGACGGACUGUGUCCUACACAGCUGGAGUGGGGAAUGAAGCUUUGGUGGCCUCAUACGGAAGCCAUGGUUGCCUUCUUGAUGGGCUUUGCGGAGACACGGGAGUCAGAUCUCCUGGUAAUAUUUGACCAGGUUGCCAAAUACGCUUUUGCCAAGUUUAGGGAUCCAGAGUCGGGAGAAUGGUUUGGCUACCUGACCCAGGAAGGCAAAGUAGCGUUGUCUAUCAAGGGAGGACCAUUCAAAGGUUGUUUCCAUGUGCCUCGUGCCCUGCAUAUGUGCAAGGAAAUUCUGGAGUCACUCAUAAGCGAGGCGAAACCUCUCAGCCAGGAAUGAAAUGCUCUUCGGAAUCAAGGGCCAUGUUCCUUCCCUAUUCUGCUCCAGAUGGGCCUUUGUUCCCACCACCCUCUUGUCUGGCCUCCAGACCAGCCCCACGGAACACUCUCUGCUGUCUGUGACUCACACUCCAAACUACCAUCUUUCACCCGUGACUAGACUGGACUUGACCGUCCUGUUUGAAAAAAAGCUUGCUGCAGCAACGAUUCCCUGGCUGUGUUUCUCUGAGGGGACAGCUCACUGGAAUAACAAUAUGGCCAAUUACGCACAAGGUGUUUGCUGUGUGGUGGAGGCAAAUGUCCGCUGCAGCAAGAUUUACAAACUUAUUUCCUCCAGCCUUACUUUCACUUCCCACUCUCUCCAUGGCAAGCAAAUCCACUUAUAGCACUAUUUUAAUUUUGCUUUGCUGCCAGAGUGGGACAGAUUUGCCAAUGGGGACAGCUUUGCCCUGGACCUCUUCCCUCCACCUGCAGCCAGUCCAUCUAGUUUUACCGCCCCCCCCCAUCCCUUGUGCUGCUUUGCACAUUUCCCCCUCAUCUUCCUCCAUGUUGCUGACUACUUCCCGCUUCUUGUCCUGCUGUAUAAUUUCUAUUGUCCAUGGCUUCCCUGCUCCUGCAUAUCUUUAUAUCUUUAGAUUUUUAACACAAAAUUUAAAUAAUCAUAUUGAUAGAACAAUAAAUCAAUACUAACACUAAAAAA